AUGGUGAACAUGGAAGAUUCCGGCGAACAGCACACGGUAACCGCCUCACCGCCGCCGCGAGCUGCCCUCAAGAGCAAUUUUAGCAUCCGCAGCAUCCUGCCGGAAGCCUGCGCCGCGACACCAGCACCGGCGGACAGCCGAUCCGUGUCCCCUGAUGUCGGCCAUGUCGACGACAGCGAGGAUUCGAGCGAUCUUGACGUGACUGGAGACGGUGGCAUGGAAACUCCUCCUUUGGAUUGCUCGACGAACGCCGCCGCGACGACCAACUCGUCUGACUCCAAGGACGCGAAAGACCGUCAGACCGACGAGAAAAAGAAGUCCGAGAAGCCGCCGUACAGUUACAACGCGCUAAUCAUGAUGGCCAUUCGUCAGAGUCCGGAGAAGAGACUGACCCUGAACGGCAUCUACGAGUACAUAAUGCGUCACUUUCCGUACUACGAGAACAAUAAGCAAGGUUGGCAGAACUCCAUCAGGCACAACCUUUCGUUGAACAAGUGCUUCGUGAAAGUUCCCCGUCAUUACGAUGAUCCCGGCAAAGGAAACUACUGGAUGCUGGACCCGAGUUCCGAGGAUGUGUUUAUCGGCGGCACGACGGGCAAGCUUCGCAGACGGACCACCGCGGCAUCCAGGUCGCGGCUUGCCGCGUUCAAAAGGAGCGUCGUUCUCGGCGGAUUGUAUCCAACAGCGUACGCUCCACCUGGAUGGCCUGCUUCUCUGUACACGCUUCCGUACCUUCAUCGCGCUGCAGGAUACACGACAGCGACUGGCGCAUAUUCCACACCGGCCGGCUAUCCAGCCAGCUUAUUGCCCGGCGCUGUAACGAGUUCGGCCAGCAGUUUACCCUGCAAGCCUCAACCGUUGCCAGCGUCCGCCGCACCGCCAGCCCACGGGCCAUUUUCCAUGGAGAGGUUGCUCCAGCCACCGACUGCCGCUGGAUACCCGACAAGCAUCGCCGCGUCCGGUAUUCCAGUCUCCAGCAACCCCUACGACUUUUACUCGACGUUAAGGUCGUUGGCCGUCCAUCAACACCAUCAGACGACCGGCGGCGGCGGCGGCGGCACGGUUUUCGCUCACCAACAACAACAACCGGCCAGGUACCACGUGAAUCAACCCCAGGUAUUCGGCCAGCUGACGUCAGCCACGGCGUCGCCAGGCAGCAGUCCCGAACCGAUGUCACCUCAUUCGCCGCCGGUCACGAUCUGUAAUUCUGUACAGCAAUCGAGAUCGUCCCACCCUCACGGUACUCCGCAGUUGCUGCUGAAACCGAUCACUGUGCUCACCGGAAGGCAGAGCUGAACGAUCACGUCCUUUCCAUAGAUAUUAUUCGCGUGUGUAACGCUUGAAUUUAUCGAGAUAUCGCUCUGAUCGACGAAAUGGAAAUUUUCGCUCGUGAUUCGACCAGCCCAACGGCAGAGAAAUUAUUAUUCUUUCUUCAC